GAGAUUUUAUUACAUAGCUCGUUGAUAUUACCGUCAAAAUGAAAGAGAGUUGGAACGAGAUUCACUAUCCAUAUUAGGGAAAGGGAGGGUAAUCCUCCUAUAAGAGAGAGAGGCCCCUCUCAUACAUAAAUGGUAAUAAUUUGAAGCAUUAUCAAAAUGGAGUUCGUCCAAGCAAAUGAGGAAAGUGACAAACACCCCAGCCCAUGUAACCCUCUCCUCCGCCCUUCCCUCCGCCACUUUCCUUUUUUAUAAGAUAACAUUCUCUCUUUCUAUCUUUGGCUUUCCCUUCUUAAAACAGAGAGAUUACAUACUCCCCGCCAUGAUCAACCAGCAAGCAUUCUCGGAAACUUGCACUAAAUGCCUCCAUUUCUUUAUAUAGCUCCACCUAUAAUUCACCCCCUCUCUCUAGCCAUCAAACGCCCAGAUCCACCUCUUUAGAGAGAGAAACAGAGGAAGAGCGAUGAGGGAGGGAGAAGAGGCUGAGAGAGCAAGAAGUUAUGGAGAAACGUCGAGCAUGGGAAGAACCGAUCCGUAUCCGAAGCCAGAGAGGAGCCACCAAGAAUCCAUGGAUUUAACGGAGCUCAACCUCAUCGAUUGCCUCGAUUCGAUUACUGAUUCACCCGAACUCGAAGCGACAGGCGACCGAGAACCAAGGGUUUUCCCCUGCAAUUAUUGCCAAAGAAAAUUCUACAGCUCUCAAGCUCUUGGUGGCCACCAGAACGCCCACAAGAGAGAGAGAACGCUCGCGAAAAGAGGCCACCGAGGCCCGGUUUUUGGACACACAGCUCCUGUUCUGGGUAUACAGGCCCACUCUAUGAUACACAAGUCGUGUAUGGUUCAGCCUAUAUUGCAGAGGUCGUGUAUGGUAGGGCGGCAGGGGGGUUGGUUGAUGGAGCAGCAGCCGGCAGUCGGGAGGCUUUUCCCCGCGGAAGGCGGUGGUGCGAGGGGCGGCGUAGCCAGAUUUGGCGGAGAGUACGGGCGCUAUGUCGGGGAUUCGGAGGAUGUUGCCGGGGUAUUUUGGGGAGCAAGAGUGAAGCAGCAGGGGCAGGAGGAGUUGCACCACCUUGACCUUUCCCUCAAGCUCUGAAUUGAGAAGAAAGAUAAUCUCUCUCUCUAGUUUGUGUUUUUGGGGUUGGUUUAUAUUUUUAUUUGCAGGCACACCAAUUCUCUUUUCCCCUCUAGUUUCUUUUCUUGAGUGGAUUUUACAUUUUUCAUAGACACCCACUUUCUCUCUCCUCUUUAGCUUCUUCCCUCACACAGACAGGACAGCCUCUCUCUCUCUUUCUUCAAUCUUUUGUUCCUCUUUUAGGGUUUCUUCAUGGAGCUCUGGCACCAGAGACCCUGCCACUCUCUUUCUCUCUGUCUGGUUUUUUUUGGUGGGUCUUAGAUUUCAUGGAGCUCUGACAAGUCUUUCUCUCUCUACUUUGCUUUCCUCAGUUUCUGUUUAGGUUUUAUUUAGGAACUUCAAUGUUUUUGUUCUUUACUGUAUAUUUGUCCCAAAUUUAUUGUUGUUACGGUAUCUAUGGAAGAGCCUGUUUGAUUGGCUUCGGUUGU